AUUGCUGACCCAUAAAUCUUUGAGGGUUGAUUUAACUGAAUUUUAUGUCAGUUUGGCGACAUCAGAGACAACCAGUAAUACCACGUUGUUAACAGGAAGCAGCAAUGUUUCUGGGAACAGUCAAUUCUCAGCUGCAAGUGGAGGGGACGGGGAUAGUCCAUCGGGACAAAUAUUACCUCUCCCCAAUUUAAGAAUGUUCUCCUUUUCCGAGCUGAAGACAGCAACAAGAAAUUUUAGAAGUGAUACGGUGUUGGGAGAAGGUGGCUUUGGAAAGGUCUAUAAAGGUUGGCUCGAUGAGAAAGGGACGACGAAAGGUGGAACUGCAAACGUAAUUGCAGUUAAGAAGUUGAAUGCCGAAAGCUCUCAAGGAUUUCAAGAGUGGCAGUCUGAGGUAAAUUUCCUUGGAAGGCUUUCUCAUCCAAAUCUGGUUAAGCUGUUGGGAUACUGCUGGGAGGAUAAAGAGCUGUUGCUUAUUUACGAGUCCAUGCAAAAGGGAAGCUUAGACCACCUUUUCAGAAGGGGUUCAGCUAUUCUGCCUCUUCCAUGGGACACAAGGCUUAAGAUUUUAAUUGGAGCAGCAAAGGGACUCGCGUUUUUGCAUGCAUCGGAUAGAAAAGUUAUUUAUAGAGACUUCAAGGCCGGAAGAUUUAUUAGUUAG